CAAACGCGCGCGCACACACCUAUAGUACGGACACAGCUGGCGGAGCCCGUUGCCUGGAGAGUGGAAGCGCUGAGCCUUGGCGAAUCUUAGCAGGUUUCCACGGGUGCGUUCUCGUUGAAAACUGGAUCUACCGGAAAAAAACGAGUGAAAUAACAAAUUCUCAUACCAUUUCCUCAGUUCACUCGGAUUUGGAUUUUGGAUUCUGUAUAAGAAACUAUGAUUUUUGACGGGAGGAUUUUCUGCAAAUUAAAUGAGAUACAUUGAAGAACGGAAUAAAAAGGUGAAGAUCUAAGUCAAGCAGGCAAGCAUGAGUACGGACAUUAGCCAGGGGGUGAUGCGGACCCCUUCCCCGCCCAGCGGCCAGAAGGAGAAGUACUUUGACCGGGUCAACGAGAACGACCCGGAAUACAUCCGGACCCGGAACAUGUCCCCGGACCUGAGGCAGGACUUCAACAUGAUGGAGCAGAAGAAGAGAGUCACGCAGAUCCUGAGGAGUCCGGCCUUUAAGGAUGAGCUGGAAGGUCUGAUCCAGGAGCAGAUGAACAAGGGAAAUAACCCCACAGGACUGCUGGCCUUGAGGCAGAUUGCAGACUUCUUCAUGGCCAGUAGUGUGGCUGGCUUCUCCACCUCUCCCCUGAGCCUUGGAAUGGUUACUCCUAUCAAUGACAUGCAUGGAACAGAGCCUUCCACCAUGGUGAAGGGGGAGAAACAGACUCGCUGCAAACUGGCCAGCCUGUACCGACUGGUGGACCUGUUCAGCUGGGCGCACUUGUCCGGCUCCUACAUUACAGUCCGAGUCAGCAAAGAACAAGACCACAUUCUGAUCAUUCCCAGAGGCCUUUCUUUCGCCGAAGCCACGGCAGCAAAUUUGGUGAAAGUCAACAUCAUCGGGGAGGUGGUGGACCAGGGAUCCACCGGCCUGCCCAUCGACUACUCCGGCUUCAGCCCCCACGCCGCCAUCUACUCCAUGCGCCCGGACGCCCGCUGCAUCAUCCACAUCCACACCCCCGCCACGGCCGCGGUGUCAUCUAUGAAAUGUGGAAUCCUCCCCAUAUCCCAAGAGGCCCUCUGUCUGGGAGAUAUCGCGUACUACAGCUACCAAGGCAGCGUGGACGAGCAGGAGGAGAGGCUCGAGCUCCAGAAAGCCUUAGGCCCGUCUGCCAAGGUUCUGGUUCUGAGGAAUCACGGGGUGGUUGCUCUGGGUGAAACCAUAGAAGAGGCCUUUUAUUAUAUUUACGGCGUCCAGUAUGCCUGUGAAAUCCAGGUGAGCGCCUUCUCCUGUGCUGGAGGUAUAGAUAAUUUAAUAGUCCUGGACAAUGAGAAGUACAAGUCGCGGACCCAUGGGGUGAGCGCUGCAGAUAUGAACAUGGGCACCCAGCAGAAAUGGAGAAAUGGAGAAAUGGAGUUUGAGUCACUUAUGAGGAUGCUGGAUAACCUGGGUUACAGGACGGGCUACGCCUACAGGCACCCCAUAGUGCGGGAGAAGCCACGGCACAAGAGCGACGUGGAGAUCCCCGCCACCGUCACGGCCUUCAUGUUCGACGAAGACGAGGGCGUACCGCGCUUCCCCUUCAAGUUCCUGGCACAGCGGCAGCAGAGGGAGAAGACCAGGUGGCUCAACUCGCCCAACAGCUACAUGAAGGUCAACGUGGCCGAGAGCUCCAUCAGCGAGGAGAGCAGUGCCAGGACCAAGACUACGUGGAUGAAGUCAGAAGAUGCCAGCAAUGGCAGUGGCACUCCAAUCAGAAUUGAAGACCCCAACCAGUUUGUUCCUCUGAACACAAACCCCAGUGACGUGAUGCAGAAACGAAACAAGAUCAGAGAGCAGAACAGAUUGGACCUGAUGACAGCCGGACCCCAGUCCCAGCUGUUGGCCGGCAUCGUCGUGGACAGGAUCCCGGGACCUGAACCACAGGUCUACGCAAAGCCCGUGAUUCUGGACGAGGAGCUGAUGGGGCCCCUGCCUCCGAACCCCUUCAGCCAGCUGUCUGAGAGGGAGAUGGAGGAGUACAGGAGGAAGGUGGAGCGCCGGCAGCUCGGCCACGAGGAUGCGGAGCACGAGCUAACAUCUGACGAUGGCUCCUCUCUCUCUCAGUCUAUGUCACACACUCAGUCUCUCCAAAUAACUCCAGCAAAUGAAGAGAACCACUCGGACGGCAUGCUGAACGGGAAGGACCACUCGCACGACGCCGAGGACGACCUGAGCAAGCGCGUGAGUCAGCUGACCACCGAGAGCGUGGAGAUCACCAUCACGGGCGGCGAGAAGAUCGAGGAGGCCCUCACCCCCGAGAGCUCCCCCUCCAAGUCCCCCAACAAGAAGAAGAAGAAGUUUCGCACUCCCUCUUUCCUGAAAAAGAACAAGAAGAAGGAGAAGGCAGAGACCUAAAGAAAGGGCACAUCCUGUAGGGGUUUUUUUUUAUGGCGGAAGGGGGACUGUUGGGGAGGGAGGUUGGUUGGGUGGGGGCGGUUGCUUGUAGUUUAUUUUGUAUUUAAUUUCUUUUGCCUUUGAAACAAUUGGUUCAGAUGAAAAUUACACUGCAAGUAUGGGUGGGGGGGUUGUUUUGAAUUGUCCAUUUUGUUUUUACUUUCAGUUAAAACACAAAAAUAGGGGUGGGAGAUGUUUGGGGAGGAAUUUGUAUCCAAUGAAAAACGAGUCCCUGAUAAACUGCCAGCUCUUCCGAUGUUACAGUCUCUUCCACAGAGGGUUCCUGAAAUGUGAAAUCCUUUUUUUAACCUCCAUACCCCACUCCCUCCCCCCCCAUGUUUCAUUGUAUUUGGCCAACUGUGGUAGAUUUGAAUGUGUACUGACUGCAGUUCCCUGCACAGCAGAGAUUUUCCUGUGUAUUCUCACUACCUUACAAAAUCCCUGCCUUUGAUUAUUUUGUUUGUUUGUUUUUUUUUUUUUGGGGGGGGGUGUUCCCCUUUCCCCUUCCACUCGUGUCCUGGUCACUUGAUCUACAGUGAGACCCGACGAGGUCCAAAUUGGAAAGCUAGGCAGCAGAUGUUCUGGGCCACACUGGAAAACUGCUAGCGGAGUUUAGAAAAAUGAACAGGGUUUUAAAAGAUUGAAUAGGUCUAUACUUAUUGGGGGGUCUCUGCAGGUGAAACGUCUAUGAGAACGCCCGCCUGUAUUCACGUGUUCAAAGAAGCUAUUCAUUCUGCACUGACUUUGUUUUCAGCCUGUGUCGCGUUGUACCCGGAGCCUUCCUACUCUCUUCGUUUUUGCCAAAUGAAAGAAAAGAACCUCACGUUUUAGUGAAUUUUAAGCGCAUCUUACAGUACCUUUUAAUCACACCUUGAUUGAUUUUAAAACACAAAAAAGUUGUAAAACCUUUAUUUUUUCUUUCUUUUAUAGAACAAAAAUCUAUAUUAGUCAACUUAGUUUUGUACUCAUUUCUUAUACUUCUACAGACAUCACAGAUUUACGCAUGUUUUGCAAGAGUCUAAAUUUCUAUGGCUGAAAAUGUAUUAAUGCCCGGUCUCUUAAAUGAUAUAGCAUAGUUAUAAAGGCAUUGUAGGUCAGAUUACUAAAAUUAAAUAUAUAAAGGAUAUAUAGCAUAUAUAUGAAAAAAAAACUGGAUUAAGUGAUUAUAGAUUUUUUAAUUCUGUAUUUUUAUUUUACUGUGCUGCACUUUUAUUGUGGUAUAUAACAAGUCACAUGCAGUUUGGUGAUGUAACCAAAUGAAGGAAAAAUAGAGGGAAAAGUGACAGGUUGUGAAGGUUGUAGAAAGGCUAGUGAGCAGGAUAGUGUACGGCGUUAAAUUUAGGCUUUUUGGAAGUGAGUUGUAGGACAAAGGUAAAUGUUUGUGUUAUGAAUUGAAGUCUAUAUAUUUCAAGUUUGUUAUAUUACAAUGUUGAUUCCCUUUGUAUGUGUGUGUGUGUGUGUGUGUGUGUGUGUGUGUAUAAAAUAAACGUACAUGUGGACACACACACACACACACACACACACACAAACACAUAAAAGCAGGCCAUUAGAAUGGGGCCAGUGUUGGCAUAUACUUGUUGUUUGGUGUGUUAGAGCAUUGAAGCCAUAUAUAUUAUCCUGUGUUUUGACCAUUGAGACAAGGGUUGAGAAUAGAUCUUCCUGCAUGGGGUGGGCACCGACAUUACAGUGGGGCCCCAGGGUUGUGGCCGCCAUUAUCGCGCAUAAGUCACCCGCACCACUGUGAAAGCCCACCCGUCAGCCUGUAAUGGAAUCAGUCACCAGAUGUCAUGCCGUUGCUUGUUUUGCCUGUCUCCCCUCCACCCCGCCCCGCCCCAACCCUGACCCUGCCCCUCACCUUCACCCUACAUUUGUUUUUUUUUUGGGACGUUUUUCAAAUAAACAUUUCGGUGGCUCUGAUUCGCUUCAUUUGUAAACCCGGGGGUACACGCACCACCACCAAGGCAUCAUUGCUGAAGUUUAGGUCGAGAUUCUACCCAGUGAUGAAAUGGUGGAUUUUGAACGUUAAUCAAAACUAUAUUGGGCCCGGUGUUGAUAUCCCAGUGUUCAUAAUGUGAAGUUUUGGCUUGUAUAUGACUAAAGAGGCACAUUGAAGCUGUGAACGACAUGAGGUUUUGAGGUGGGAUGAGCCUGAGGGGUUAAAAAUACAGAUGCAGUUUGCCAGACAAUGGGUCGAGCUUCCAGAAAAGGGGGAGAACCUGACAUUAACUCUUGUUUUUUAACUUUAACUUUGUUUUUUAAACAACCUCCCUAUAACUCCUCAACGUAAUUUAGGAUAGUCUUUUGAAUGGUUUCCAUUCAACAUUCAUUAUGAAUAUUUUGACUUUGUUAAAUUGAGAACUAAACUUUAAUUUACCAUAUCUGGACAUAGGGUGAUCCCAGGUCAACGUGCAUCAUCUAAUUUCUCUAAUUCACCUUGUUUUUGACAGCCUCAUUUUCCUUUUUUUGUUUGUGUUUUAAGCUUUGGCAUGCAAGUAUGAGUCGAGCCUCUGACCUGUGAAAGCUAUGGAAGUGCUUAUCUAAUGGACUUGCUUUUAGAUGUAUGGCUGUAUGGCUAAUCCAUGUAAAUGCACAAAUAAAAUUAUUUUAAUAAACUUAGAAAA